UUCUGGUUGUGUCUCAGUCUGUCUGUCAGCAGCUGCUCGCCUCAGGUCCGGUUCCGUUUGUCAGAACCGGGUUGAAGCUAGCUGCACGUUAGCUUCUGUCCUGCUAGCCUUUAGCACAGUGACGCUUCCAUUAUCGGACACGCCCUCCUGUGGCGGCCUCUGUCCGCUGUCGGAACUCCGGUGUUGGUAUCAGUGCUGACACAGAACCACCAGCCUGAUUUCUGCUGUCUGGACCGGACCGGGUCCAGUCCGGUGUCUGAGAUGGCGGAGAGGAGGAGGCGCCAAAGUCCAUUCUGAAAACAUCUAUUGAGUUUGAUAGCAGAACCGAACCGAACCGAACUGUACUGAAUGUAUUGUUUGUUCAGUCUAUUCAGAACCAGAACCAGAACCUGACAGUGUGGAGCUGGUUGCCAUGGCGAACAAGGCGGAGCUCCUCAACUCUGACCACGUCUCCUCUCCUGAUGAAGACCUGACGAAGCCCACAGGACGUCGUCCACGCCGCAGAGCUGCCAGCACCUUGGGGAGGCGGGGUCAGAGAGGGAAGAGGCGUGGUCCAGGUGAGAAGAGGCGUGGUCCAGGUGAGAAGAGGCGUGGUCAGAAGGAGAAGCGUCGGUGGCAGGAGGAGAAGAAGGAGGGCGUGACAGUGAAGAGGACGUGGAGCGACGGGAAGCGACGCUGGGAUAAGAAACAUUACUGCGUGUUCUGUCGGCGGCCGCAGGUAAAGAUCGCACGUCACCUGCUCAGAAAGCACGCCGACCAACAGGAAGUGGCUGCUGCCAGCACACUACCCACUGGCUCCAAACAACGCCACCUGCUGCUCGAACAUCUGCGCUGCAGGGGCAACUACAUGCACAACAUCGAGGUCAUCAGACAGGGCAGUGGUGAGAUCGUGCCGUGGCGUCAGCCGUCAGAGGAGGUCGAUGCGAGAAACUACCUGCCGUGCCCGCUUUGCCUCGGGUUCUUCCUGCGUGCUGACCUGUGGAAGCAUCAGGCUUCCUGUCGUAAGAAGAUGACCUCUGACCCCUGUAAAAGCUCCGCCCCCUCAGGACAGACCUCUGACCACCUGAAGGACACGCCCCCCACAGGUAAGGCUGCCUGUGAUCCGGCAGACAACGGAACCUCCAGGUCCACCGAGGACUCGGCCUCCGUCCACUCAGACCGGGCCAGGACCAAACGGCCCCUGACCUCCGACCUCAGCAUGGAUCAGAACCUGACAGCUGACCUCCACGCGGAUCAGAACCUGACUGCUGACCUCUACGCGGAUCAGAACUUGACCGCUGACCUCCACGCGGAUCAGAACCUGACCACUGACCCCGGCACCGACCAGCCCAGGAAGCGCAGCAGAGUCCAGGCUGCAGCGUCACGACUCCUUCCUGUUUCCAGUGGAGCGUCUGAGAGCUGCAGCGAGGUCCUGCACCGGAUGAACCAGGACCACGUCUCACACCAGGUCAAAUCUGAUUGGUUGAUCUGUAAGUAUGGGACUAAGCUGAUGGGGAACCAGGAUGGCAGCCAGCGGAGGUAUGACUACGUCAGUCAGAAGCUGAGGGAGUUGGGCCGGUUCCUGCUAGCCGCUAAGUCUCUGGACCCGGCCAUCCACACCCUCCAGGACUUGCUGGCUCCGGGCCGCCUCAGCCUGGUGCUGGCCUCUGCCAGGAAGGCGUCGGGGUACAGGUGGAGCCGCCCACCGCUGGCGGUGAAGACAGCACUGAAGACGAUUUGUGAGAUCGCCAUCGGAGACAGUCUGCAGGACGGAGACUGGGAGGCUGCAGCCAAGACCACCGACUUCUACCACCUGCUGGGGAGGGAGUGGGACAACCUGGGUCUCCUGGACCCGGACCCCGAGACAGUGAGAGGAACUAAGUUGAAGAAACGAUCGGUCCAAUCAAGAAGUGAGAAUGAAUCUAAAGAGCCGGGUCAAGAGCGGACUGACCCAAGACCAGAGGUUCUGUCACAGGGCAGUACCCGGCUGGUGUCCUCGGUUCCACCAGAGUCCAGACUGCAGGCUCCUGUCACAGUCCCUGUGGCUCAGAGGAAGGUCCAACGUCGGCCGUGGUCGUCUGCAGAGAAGGCGGCAGUUUGGAGACAGUUAGGAGUCCAUGUCCUGGUCCAGUCGGUACCAGGGAAGGAGGUCUGUCAGCGCUGCCUGGACCUAGAGCCGGUCCUCAGAGGGAGACACUGGAAAGACAUCAAGAACCAGGUCCACAACCAGAUCCAGAGCCAGAAAAAGCAGCAGUUCCAUGCCCAGAUGGAGCUUCAGGAGAACCAGGAACAGCAAGACCAAGUCCAGAACCAGAAGAAGCAGCAGCAGCAGUACCAGGCCCAAAUGGACCAGCAGGGCAAAGACCACAACCAGAAGAAACAUCUGUACCAGGCCCAGAUGGACCACCAGGACCAAGGCCACAUUCAGAACCAGAAGAAACAGCUGUACUAUUCUGUGCUGGACCAGCAGGACCAGGACCACCUUCAGAUCCACAAGAAGCAGCUGUACCACAUGGACGAACAGACCACUCUGGACCGGGACAGUUCUGUGUUGACAGGUCCACUUUAUGGACCUGACGGGUCUCAUCGAGUCCCUGGACUGUCAUUACUGGACCGAGAUCACACCGUCAGUAUAUACCCACUUCCACAUCGGACCCUGGGGCCUCACAUGGACCAGCUGCUCUCCAGAACAGAGUGGACUGACGAGUCUUUGGCCCAGCACUACUCAGUCAACAGGAACCUGGUCCAGGAUGCACCUCCAGGAGGACCAGCCAAUCAUCACGCUGGACAAGUCCACUUCUGACACCUGUUAGCUCAUGUUAGCUCAGUCUGUUAGCCGCUGUUAGCUCAUGUUAGCUCAGUCUGUUAGCUGCUGUUAGCUAAUGUUAGCUCAGUUUGUUAGCUGCUGUUAGCUAAUGUUAACUCA